GACAACAUCCAGAUAGCCUAAAGGUCGCAUGUAAAUGACAAAUGUAAACACAGCCCAAGCUAGUCUGUUCUAUAAAUUGGUCAGUACACAAAGGUCCACAAAGGUCCAGUGAGCUUCGGAGAUGAAAGGAGACUAAUGGUAACAUGGCCUAUCUACAGACCGUUCUCAUUCUGUGUUUAUGUGCUACAAGCCUGAGUUUGCCAACAUCCUCUCUCUCAGGCAUCACAGAAAUCGAUGUGGAUAAUGGAAAAGACAAUGAAAUCUUUGACAUAAAUAAAGAGGCAGGCCUUCAUUUGGUGGAGGGAGAUAUAGUGAUUGAUGAGACACAAAGCAAACAUGCUAUUUUGGGAGAAAAAUAUCGCUGGCCUGCCACCGUGCCGUACUUCUUGGAUAAGACCCUAGAUGUUAAUGCCAAAGGUGUGAUCCUGAAAGCAUUUGAACAAUACAGACUCAAGACGUGUAUUGACUUCAAGGAGUGGAGCGGAGAACCAAACUACAUUUUUGUAUAUAAAGGCAGUGGAUGUCACUCUUCGGUGGGGAACCAGCACGUUGGAAAGCAGGAACUAUCAAUUGGUGCAAACUGUGAUCGUUUGGGAUCCGUGGAGCAUGAGUUUCUUCAUGCUUUGGGUUUCUGGCAUGAGCAUUCCAGAUACGACAGAGAUGAUUAUGUUGUCAUAAUGUGGGAUCAGAUUGAAGAAGGUCAGGCACGCAACUUCGAGAAACGCAGUGACAAGGUGUCAACCUCUCUUGGUGUGCCGUAUGACUACAAUUCUGUUUUGCACUACAGUAAGACAUACUUCAACAAAGACAAAGAGCCAACUAUCGUCACCAAGAUACCAAAAUUCAUGGAUGUGAUCGGCCAGCUGAUGGAGUUUAGUGACAGUGACCUGCUCAAGCUCAACAGGCUAUAUAACUGCAGUGCUGGCUUAACUUUCUUGGACUCAUGCCAGUUUGAACAGCCGAACAUCUGUGGUAUGAUCCAGGAUGAGGGUGGGAAUGCCAAGUGGACUCGAGUACAAACAGCAGAGGGGGGUCCAAAAACAGACUUUACCGUUCUGGGUCAAUGUCAAGGUUUCGGGUACUUCAUGCAUAUCAGCACAUUGACAGGAAAUCACGGAGACCAGGCUUACCUGGAGAGUCGUCUCUUUUACCCCACCAGAGGCUUCCAGUGCCUGCAAUUCUAUCAUUACAACAGCGGGGGCGAUGAUGAUCAACUAAACAUCUGGGUGCGCGUGUACACCGACGACGAAUCCAAAGGAGACCUGAGAUUCGUUCAGACAAUUAGCGGUGGACCUAAAAACUCCUGGGAGCUGUACCAUGUGAACCUACAGGUCUCUCAAAAAUUCAGAGUGGUGUUCGAGGGGGUUAAAGGACGUAAUGCAUCAAAAGGGGGUCUGUCUCUGGAUGACAUCAACCUCUCGGAGACGCAGUGUCCUCACCACACUUGGCGAAUUCGUGACUUUUCCAACCUUCUGGCCACAACGCAAGUAGGCUCCAAAAUCUUCAGUCCACCCUUCGUAUACAGUGAAGGUUACUCUUUUCAGGUUAGCCUGUACAUUAAAGGCAUGGUGGAUAGCCCAGAUAAGAUGGCAAUCUACUUCCACUUGACUUCCGGACCUUAUGAUGAGCAUCUCAAAUGGCCGUGUCCGUGGCAACAAGCUUCCAUGGAGAUGAUGGACCAGACUCCAGACAUCCAAAAACGCAUGAACAACCUGAGGAUGUUCACUACAGAUCCAAAUAAGACCUCCAAUGAUUCUGCAGGUAAUGUGGAAUAUUUCUGGGAUGACCCACGAAAAGUUGGUAGUCUGGUCACUGACUCCAAUGGCAAUUCAUACUAUCGGGGAACAGGUUACGGCACCACCAAUUUCAUCACGCAUGAACACUUCAAGAGCCGAAGCUUUAUUAAAGGAAAUGACGUGAUCUUUCUCCUGUCUCUUGAAGAUGCCACUGGACUUUUGAAGAAGCAGCUUGCAGACUUUGGCAUACCAGAUAUCAGAGAUCUGAAACCAGCAAUUGAUGACUCAGUGAAAGCUUCCACCGGCAGAUCCACAGCAACGUUGGCAAUAAGCGUCUUUGUGGCAGCUGGAAUGUUAAUGGCCAUCACAGUGGGCGCACUGUACUAUGUGUGGAGAGUUCAGAAAAGACAGAUGGAAAGAGAUGGAGAGGCUGAACCAGAGAGGACACAUGGCUAAGCCUAAACAUCCAUUUGAAAAGACCUGGACUACACUAUAUAAUCUCACUGCAGAAGACAUCUCAAACCCCCAAUGAUGACUUAAUUGUUAAGUGCAAUAACAGGGUGUCUGCGGGGUCUUAAAAGUUGAUAAAUAAAUUGAGAAAUUGUAUUAAAAAGUCUUAAACGCCAUUUUCCAAGGCAUUACAUUUUGUAUCAUCUUUUCAUUUUUUUUCCCCAAAGAGGUCAUAUGCUGAAGUUUGCCUGAAUGUAAUCAUUGCGUAGGCGAAUAGUGGGAGGUCCAUUUACACCCAGUUUUUAAACAACAUCGUUGACUUGACUCUAAUGGGGAAAUGCAAGUUUUCAUGCAAAUGGUUGGAGGAUAAAGAGUUGGAAAUAUGGCUGAGAGCAGUGUCUGGGAAUAACCGUGAAGCGUACUGCUCUGUGUGUCAGAAUGCGAUUACCAUAGCCUCGUUUCGCUUUCUAAUAAACCCUGCAUUGAGUUAGUCACUCAAUUAAUUCUUUAUGGCUUUGUUCCCACCCUUCUGAAUUAUGUUGCAUUAAUACAGAGUUAUAACAAACUAAGACUGUUUAGUUGUGCUAUCUAACAAUCAGUAUAUAGUAAAUGUAAGUUAAAGUGUCGCCGAUGUAUGAGUGGUGAUGAGGUCUUAAAAUGCUUGAAAAAGGUCUAAAAGUAUUCAAUUUAGCUCCAUGAUUUCUGUAUAUACACUGAAUAAAUAGACUAAAUGGUAAUACAUCUUCCUGGAACCUGCCAUAGUGCAUCAUCUCCGAG